UUUACAAUCUAAAUUCGGCAUUACUUUUGUAUUAGUUGUCAAGCUUUGAAGCUUUCUAAGUGAAAUGGACGUCAAAGACGGGGAAAGUCCCUCUGAUGUGGCGUCAGACAGGUGUGGACUAGUGGGUGUCCACCCCCACACUGAUGAGGAAAAUGAUGGGGAUGGUCCAGGCCAGGAGAUCUUAAAAGAUGAUGAACAAGCCCUUUCUCCUGAUUUGAAGUGGUUAGAUGAGUUGUAUGAAGAGGACGAUGGUGAUGGCGACGGUGAUGGUGACCUUGCGGUUGCGGCCGUCAAUAGCGAGAAGAGGAGUUAUGCCGAGACAGCACGGAUGUUCAAGCUGAGACGAAACCUGGACCAGCUGGACUGCUUACACCGACAGAAGGAGCAUGACGUGCUGAAAGCCAGAGAAGAGCUUAAACUCUGUCGUCAGAACAUUGACAGUUUGCUGGAACAGAGGGAUGACUUGGAGAAAGAGAUCGAGCGACAGAAAGCAGCAGACAACAGCGUGGCAGUGUUUCGUUUGCGAGCCCAGCAUAAGCAUCUGUGUGAAAAGCUGCAGAGCGAGGAGGAGCUUGAGGGCCACAUCAACACUGAGCUGAAGCAGCAAGAACUGGAGCUGAGUGAGGUGGAGGUGGACCUUGGCAGGUUCUCCACACUUCGACAGGAGGUGCAGGAAGAGGAGCGGGUCUUCCGGGUUCUGAAGGCCCAGAAGGCAGCGACACGGCUGCAGCGGGAGAGGAAAGCCAGCCAGAACCUGCAGCUCAAGAUACAGCAUCUCAGGGAUAAACAGGCAGCCAUGCGGAUGAAAGAGGAGGCUGAGUGUCAGAAGAAAAUUGAAGACGGCCAGGCGAGCCGCAAGAAAGCUGCCAAGUACUUGAAAGAGACCAUUAAAAGGAUGCAUCAGCAAGAGGCUGAGAAGGAGCAGCAGAACAGGGACUUACUGGAGAAGAGGAUACAGGCUGUCAAGUCACUGAAAUCUAACAUAGAAGCCACCCAAGAGAGCUUAAGGGUCCAUCAAAGCAGAGCCAAAGCAAACGCCCAGAAGGAAGAGCAGCAACAGAGACGCCUAAGAGAAUCCCUGCAGGCCCAAGGAAUCAACAGUAUCAAGCAUAUGUACCAACAGAAACAACUAGAGGAGAUAAAACGAAAACAAGAGGAAUUGGAGGAGAGGCAGAAGUCAAAGAGAGGGGAGAUUGUGGCAAAAAUCCUUCAGGAGGAACAGCUGGUAAAGAGCAGAAAGAAGCAGCAGGCGAUGCUGCCUAAACCCUCAACCACUGACAAGUUCCCAUCUCUGGGGAGGGCAAGAGAGAAGCUCCUGUACCACCUGGAUCCCAGCCCCCCAUCAGCCACCGAGGAGAGAGCCACAAUCCAGUUAAGACAAUUCAGUGACGUCAGUAGCUCAUCGUCAUCUUCCUCUGAUGUUGAAGAAACGGAGGAAACUGUGCAGCAGGAAGUGGACCAACAGAGCCUCGCUGACAGCCUGGCUGAGCCUGAGUUCUCUGGGCUGUGGGACCAAAACUACAAGAAGCUCCUGAGUGAGAAAACCAUAUUGGUGUCAACAGAAGUAAAGCACGAAGAACCUAAAGACAGUGGAGAGCUCAACAUUCCUCCUAAAAAGGCUCAUGGCAAAGAGCUGGAAGGGCCUCCAUUCAUCAGUAAACCAAAGAUCAUCCUCUUCAAGGAUUUUGAAGUAGGGAAAAUGUAUAAGAAGAAAAUCCGCCUGACUAACAUCAGCAACAUCACCAACCACUGCAAGCUUCUUGAAGUCUCAGCCCAUCUGAAGGAAUUCAUCUCUAUUAACUUUGAGCCUCCUGGUUCUUUAGCUGCUGGGAUGUCCUGUGACAUGCAGGCUGUUUUUUACCCUAAGAUCAACGAGGACCUGGAGGGAGAGGUCCAGUUUGCAUCAGCAGUGGGUCCCUUCUCUGUGCCGGUCAGAUGCUCCAUAAAGAAAUGUUAUCUAGAGGUUGACAGUCAGUUCAUUGACUUCGGUUCGCACGUUGUGGGCCAGACUAUUUCAUGGACUAUCACCUUGACCAACAAGGGUGCACUGGCCACCCUGUUCAGCCUAGACACCUCCACAUGCCUCAGUCCAGAAACUAGCCAUGUCCAGAUGGCAUCCCAGGUCUCUGCCAACACCUCCAAGGAGACGACCAGUCAAAACAUAACAUCUGACCACCGGAUCAGCUCUGUAUCAGUGGGAACCGCAGAACAACCAAAGCAAGAAAUUCAGGAGCUUUCUGAGGCGUUACAGCAGGAGCACCCAGCAGUGUCAGUGGCUCCAGCUUCACAUCCAGAAGCCAUUCCUGAGACUUGUGUGUCCAGUGAUGUGGAUGCCCAGACGGAUCAGACCCACUCGGAUUCCGGUGACAUAAGUCUAGGAAAUGUUAGAGAAGGGGAGAUUGGACCUUUUGAAAGCAUCAAACUGGAAGUUGUAUUCACUCCAACCAUUCCAGGAGAGGCCAAACUGGACUUCCACAUCAGGUUCUCAGACUUAAACAGCAAGCCAAUACCGAUCCAGGUAAGGGGUGUGGCAGUCUGCGUCCCUGUGUGGGUGGUUAAGCCCAACAUUGACUUUAAGAUCUGCAUGUUUGACGGCUUCUAUCAAGACAUUAUCGUGGUCCAAAGCAGAGCCAGCACAGCUUUGAAGCUGACCUUUAAGGUUUGUCCGGAAAUGAGGAAACACAUGGAGAUCCUUCCAAAGACAGGCUUCAUCCAGGCUCAAUCAAACUUUAAAGCUCGACUCAAGUUCCUUCCAAGACGAUCCUUAUCCAAAGAUGCCGAGAAGCUUUUUGACAGAGACACAGGAGUCCUGGAGGUGCCAAUGACAGUGCAAGUAGCCGGCCAGGUGAAGCCGGUCCAAUUCAUAGUCCAAGCAGUUGUGACCACCUCAGACCUGCAGUUCGACCGGACUGAGGUGGACUUUGGCUUCUGUUCCAUUCAUCAGUCGGUCAGGAACAGCGUUCGCCUCACCAACCUGUCCCUGCUGCCUCAGGAGUUUGGUUUCGUGGGUGUUCCAGAGUUUAUUGACGUCCAGCCUAAUGAUGGCUUUGGCACUCUGCUCCCACAAGAGACCCUGGAGAUUGAUCUGAUUUUCAGUGCCAACAAAGCCAAAGAGUACAAUUUCCAGCUCACCUGCAAAUCAGAAAUUAACAGAGAUUUCCUCUUGUCUUGCCGAGCAGUGGGUGUCUGCCCUGCACUGGAACUCUCCCAUUAUCUGGUCCGGUUCGGGGCCACAGCAGUAGGUGACCACUCCUGCGUUGUACUUCACCUGAUAAACACUCAAACCAACCACAACCAGUCCAAACAGUUCAUCCAUCCAGGUGUAGCCAGGCUGUUCUCCUUCACCCCACCCAAGGAUUCAGACAUCAGCAUCUGUCCCUCCGGCCGCCUGCUGCCCGGAGAGAGGUGUCUGGUCCAGGUGACGUUCAGACCCAAACUGUUAGACCAGGACAUCAAAGAGGAGGCACUGCGUCUCUUCAGUCGAGCCAAGUUGCUCCGUGAGAAGGAGUCAGAGAGGAAGAGACACGCUGAGCACGAGACUGAAAAGGAGGUCCCCAUGGAAAAUGGUAAAGGAGAGAAGGCACCUGUAAUUCCAAAGAACAGCAAGGUAACAGAAGAGCCAAAGACAGAGAAGCAACCAGAAUCACCAAAUCCUGCCGACAUACAGCCAGGGUCAGAGCAGUAUGAGGAGGCCAAGGCCUCUCUGCUGUACUCCUUCGCCCAGCGCUACACUGAGUACACCGUCCCCUGCUUUGUGUCAGACGGAGACCCUCCAGAGGAUGACAGACAGGCCCAGCCGGCAUGGAGUUCCUUGAACACUCUCUACCUGAAGCUGCAAUGUCCUGCUGUACGGCCCCCUCUAGUGGCCUUAUCCACCAAUGGACACAAUAUCAUAGACUUCCAUCAGGUGGCAGUGGGAGACCGAUUAAUCAAGAGGUUUACAAUUCAGAACAUUUCGAAGGAAUCUUUGGAUUUGAGAUCAUCAGUGCUGGAUGUACUUGGUCCUUUCUCCCUUCUGAAUGCGCUCAGAAGCAUAAGACCUGGAGAAAAAAAAACUCUGGUUUUGGCCUUCAGUCCGUCUCUGGAGAAAAAGUACUGUGAGACUCUGAAGGUGCACUGCCAGAAGAUGACCUUGGAUGUGACUCUUUGUGGGAAGGGUGUGGUCCCUGCCGUCACCUCGUCCCACCCUGGAGGUCUCCUUGACUUCGGCUGCGUGUUGGAGAAGGAGAGCACCUCACAGGUCUUGAAGCUGCAGAACAGUUCAGCGGUGGACGUGGGUUUCAGGGUGCAGCUGGCCAGCCUCUCUCCCUCGAGGCCUCAGGGUGGAGCUGAUCUGGUGCCCUUCCUGCUGGGCAGUUACAGAGACUCUCAGGUCAUGCCUACUGUGGGAGCUCAAAACUACAGUGGGCUGAGUGUGUUCGGUGUAAGGCCAGGAGGUGGCAGCAUUGCUCCAGGACAGAGCCAGGACAUCACUGUCACCUUUCACCCUGACCACCCAUCUGUCUACUAUUCUGACAGACUGACCAUUGAGCUCAUGAAUAAGAGUCAAGUGUGUGCGUUGGAUCUGAGGGGUGCAGCUUCUUCACAUACCAUGUAUCUGAUUGGAGGAGACAUGCUGACAGUGCCCAUUGAAUCCCCCCUCCCUCUACGGAUAACCAGCCAUAUUCAGCUCACAGAGUCAGAGGUGAUGGAGAAGUCCACCAUCCCGGUGCUGGUGACCCUGCGGACCAGCUACAGCGCAGGAGCCAUCAGACCCGCAGUGAGAGAGCUGCAGGUGGGCUGCAUCCGCUCCACGCAGCCCUGCGAGAAGAGUGGUGAGUUUCACUUGGAUGGUGUGGCAUCUCUGCAGCAGCUUGGCUUCAGCGUGGAGCCCAGUGAAGGGAUCGUGAAGCCAGGUCACAAAUGCACCAUCACUGUCACAUGGACUCCCCAAAGAGGAUACAAGCCCUAUGAGGUGGUGGAGACAUGUGUGCCUCUUACCUUGAAGAGGGAUGAGACAAAUGUUUACAGAGUCACCCUGAUGGCUUUGGUGUCCACCACUGCUGACUGACCUCUACAGUACUUGGGCGCUGGCCAGUUUGAAAUCUGCUCACACACACCACACACUGACACAAAACACAAAGGCGUGUGAUAUAUACUGUCCAGUAAUGUGGCCAACAUUAACAAAUCACUUCAUUAUUUAAUAUUUAAAUCUUAUUAUUG